AUGUCAACCAACAUAACCAAGGCCGAUACGGUCAUCAGGAACGCCAACGUCAUCACCUUGGACCCGAACUUGCCCCGAGCCCAGGCCGUGGCCAUGAGCAACGGCCGCUUCAUUGGCCUUGGCAGCAACGAAGACGUUGAGACCUUCAUCGGCCCGAACGUGAAGGUGAUGGACCUUACAGGCAGCACCGUGCUGCCUGGGUUCAUCGACGCCCACAUCCACGUGCUGAACAGUGGCAUCCGCCACGUAAUGGCCGCCGACUGCGACCUGCCCUCCAUCGCGGCCAUACAGACGGCGCUGCGGGAACGGGUGGAGACCACGGCGCCGGGACAAUGGGUGCAGGGCUUCAAGUACGACGACACCAAGACGGCCGAGAACCGCUCCAUUUUCCGGGAGGAGUUGGACGCCGUCAGCACCUUCCAUCCCAUCAUGGUGUCGCACCGGGCGGGACACAUCUAUUACCUGAACAGCAUGGCCCUGGAGCUUGCGGGGUUCGAUCGCGACACACCUGACCCCUUCGGCGGCCGCAUUGGGCGCGACCCUGACUCUGGGGAGUUGAACGGCAUUGUCUACGAGCGAGCCAUCGAGCGCGUCCGGUUCGAACUCAUCCCCUCGGACACGCCGGAGAUCCGCCGUGAAGGGCUGCGCACCAUCUGCCGGAUGCUGACUCAGGCCGGUCUCACCAGCGUCCACGACGCCCGGGUCGUCCGGGACGAGUUCGUAACCUACCAGGAGGGCAGGGACGCCGGAGACCUGUCCCUGCGCGUCUACGCGCUGAUGUACCAUCCCCAUUUUCGGUCCUUGCAGGAGGCGUGGUUGAAGACCGGCUUCGGCGACGACAUGCUGCGGCUGGGAGGCAUCAAGAUGGUCGCCGACGGGGCCAUCGCCGCCCGCACCGCCUACCUGUCGGAGCCCUACGUCGGCAGCGAUUGCGACCACGGCAUCCUUGCAAUGAGCGCCGAGGAAAUCGAAGAGAACGUGAUGGAGAUGCACCGGGCCGGGUUCCAGGUGUGCAUCCACGCCAACGGCGACCUCGCUAUCGACAUGGUGCUGAACGCCUAUGAGAAGGCCCAGGCCGCCGACCCGCGUCCCAAUCCCCGUCACCGGAUCGAACACUGUACCCUGGUGAACCCGGACAUUCUCACCAAGAUGCACCGGUUGGGCACCAUCGCCACGCCCUUCUGCACCUACGUCUACCAUCACGGGGAGAAGAUGCCCUUCUACGGCGAGGAGCGUCUUCAGUGGAUGUUCGCCCAGCGCUCCUUCCUGGAUUACGGCGUGGUGGGCACCGGCGCAACCGACUACCCGCCCGGACCCUUCGAGCCGCUGCUGGGCAUCCAGAGCUGCGUCACCCGAACCGACAGCCGAGGACAAUAA